CUUUUGACAGCUGGGAAGGAGAAACCAAAAAUGAAUGCAGAAGAGCUACAGAUAAAAAAGGUUAAGAAGAAAAAGAAAAAGAAACAUAAAGAGAAUGAGAAGAGGAAGCGUCCAAAAAUGUACAGCAAAUCCAUUCAGACUAUCUGCUCAGGACUGGUUUCUGAUGUUGAGGAUCAGGAAGCCAAAGGCAUCAUAGAUGAUCAUCUUAAGGAUUUCAAUGGGAAAAAUAUGGAUCCCAAGAAGGACUGUGAGUCCAAGAUACCAGAGAACAGUGAGUUUCCAUUUGUCUCGUUAAAGGAGCCACGGGUUCAAAAUAAACUCAAAAGGUUGGACACAUUGGAGUUCAAACAGCUGAUUCAUAUUGAGCACCAGCCUAACGGAGGUGCAUCAGUUAUCCAUGCCUACAGUAAUGAACUCUCCCACUUAUCUCCUGUGGAGAUGGAGAGAUUUGCAGAAGAGUUUGUGGGUCUGGUUUUUAGUGAAAAUGAAAACUGUGCAGCUUACUAUGUAAUGGGUAUUGUUCAUGGGGCAGCUACAUAUUUACCUGACUUUUUAGACUACUUUUCGUUUAAUUUUCCCAAUUCACCAGUGAAAAUGGAGAUUUUGGGAAAGAAAGAUAUAGAGACAACGACUAUGUCAAAUUUUCAUGCUCAGGGAGAGAUGACUGUAUAGUCUCACAACAGUCACUACUGUUAACACCACUUCUGCUAUUUAUAAAUUUGCUGUAGAUGAUACAAAUAGUCUGUAUGCAGCAGUAAUGUAUUUCAGGUCCUGUAAGCUUAGGAAAAAAGUACUUUUCUAGAUUGCAAUCUUGGUAAUGAGAGUAUUGUGUAAAGCUGUUAGAGAUAACCCAAUACUAUUUAUGAGGAUACUUAGUCCAAUUUUUCUGUCUGUGUCAACUUUAGUUCACAAUUAAUUGUUUAAGUUGCUUAGAAAUAGAUUCCUGUUUGUGAAUAUUAAAUGUUGUUUGGGACACCUAUUAACUAUUUUAGUCUUAUUUAGACUGUUAUGAGGAGAUCAAAUGUGAGUCACACUGUGUUUGAUUUAAAAAGAUAUGCUUUUGUUUUUACUACAUAAAUAUUUGUAUGGAGCACUGCUGAAAAAGUCAUGCAUGUCACCUGCAAGUGUGUAUAGAACUGUAUUGUUGCUGCAAGGGAAUGCUUGCAGCCCUGGUUUAAAGAAAAGAAACAAACAAAAGAAACCAUCCGCUGCCACAGAAUGUGAAUGUUCUAUAAAUCCACUAAAAUGUUCCUGAGUUUCACCAGCAAAGCAAUGAUUCUGUUUACACGAUACAUUAUGGGAGCUCCCUGGAGCUGUUCUGUCUGAUGCCAUUUCACAUAAGGAAGCUGGAUCUGUGUAUGUGUUUCUUGGGCAGCAUCAAUGGAAACAUAACCUAUGCUAUUAUCCAUCUUAAAGAUAUACUUAAGAAAUGCCUGGACUUGAUUUCUGUGAAUUGCAAUGGAACUGUUACUGGUUAAUUUGAUGUUACAACAGUAAUAUCCACAGCUGAAUCAGUUUUGUGGUCAUUGCUUUUGAGAUCAUUUCCCUACCCUACUGUAAGUAAAGGAAGAACAGAAAAUGUAGUGGAUGAAAGAGGCUGAACUUCACAUUGUAGCAUUCAAAUCAUUCAUUGACUUCGUAGUCAUCAAAUCUACAUUUUCCUUGUCUAGAGGCUUAGUUCUGCUGUCUUCCUUUUGUUUUCUCUACUUUUCAGCAAGCUUUUGCAGCUUUUUAUCACUUGUCAGGAUUUGGUUGCAUGACGGAGUGCUUGGCUCCUAUUACAGUUUUGUUCAUGUAAGAGGUGCCAUGUGUAUAAAUGAUGUACAUACGUCUAUGCCAGACUUCUUCAUAUGGUCUUUUACACAGCAUUACUCUUAUCUGGAAUACAGUGGUCAAUACCUUGGUUGCCUAGCUAUUGAUUCUACUUUUCCUUACUGCUGUUACUUUAAAAUCUUCUGUCUACAUACGUUCUCCGUGUUACCAGUUGACUUGCUGCAGCUUAGGUUUCCUUAGCUCAGUGUUUCUUUUCUGACUGGGGCCAGUAUCAAAGGUGUUUGGAAGGAGAUGGGAAGGAGUAUGGGAACGUAGCAGUGGUACUGUGCCGCAGGGCUCACCCCCACAGGUGCCAGAGGGCCUUUUCAGGUCUGAGGGCUGUGAGUUGUGGUUUUGACCUUUAGCUGUACUUCUGUUGCAUGAAUCUCAUUCGUUAGUAUCACCUACCUCUUUUUUUUCUUUUCAGUUUUCUGUAUCUAAAUUUUUAAAAAAGUACCAAAUGAUUACAUAACUUGUUACUUUUAUGGGUGCAGUUUGAUAUUGUUUUCCCUUCUUGCUGAAUUCUUUGUUGAACUUGAAGAGGUUAAGUGUUGUUGUACUGUAUUGCCUUGAAAUUUUAAAGGUAGUUUCUCUUCCUGCAUUGCAAAAGCUCUGUACUCUUGUUAUGUGGUGCUCUGAGCUGCCUGUACAAAGAUGAGUGCAUGCCCAGGUAGGAGCUUAGUGUAUCUGGUUUGCUUUGAAUAUCUGUCUCAACCUUCUUUAGUAUUAAUUUUAGUAUUAAACUCAGCUGUUGCACUGUUAGUUUGAACUAAAACACUGAAAUGAGGCCGACAUUAGUAGGUGAAGUUCUUUGGUUGUUUUUGAGACCUCUUUGUGAUGUGUAUAACCAGUCUGACAAACCUGACAUGUAUUUAGAAAGACCAAAGUGUAUGAAAAGUCCAGAGGAGGAGGAAUGAGUUAAGCCUGUAGCACAAAUAUCAGAGUAUUGUAUCAGAGGUGACUUUAAUUUUUUUUUCUCUUCUUCUGGAUUCUUUCAGUACUCAGUGAGCUUCAACCCCAUUUUAUCAAUUUCUUUUUCCGCUGUGUUGGAUAGAAGUGAUGUAUUUUCUCUUGUUGGGAGAUUAGAAAUGGGGUGAAGCUUGUGAGACAAGUUACAGUAGGUUUGAGUUGGGAUUGGUUCUGUCUCAUCAGAGUGAGCUGUUAAAUUUUGAAGAGAGAGAAACUGGAGAGUUGUACAUCAGCCAUCUCCAGUCUAUGCUUAAGCACUGCUAAAUAAAUUAAUAUUUUGUUCAUAUAACAAUUCUUUUGUGAAUCAUUUCUUGAUUGAGGCUUGAUAACUCCAUUUCUAUAACUAGACAAAAUGGAAUUAGCUCAGGUGUCCAUCCCUGCAUUCCUUCAUCCCUGUAGACUGAUAGCUGCAUCAAUUACCCGAUAGCUUUGAAUCUUACCAAGUUCUUAGGAGCAUUAUGAAGAAUGCUCCUGAAUGAUCAGCUUUUGCCACCUGCUUGGAGCUCGUGUCACUUGAGAUUAGUUUGUUAGCGCUGUUUAGGCAAACUACUUAACGUUUUGAAGCUGUGACUGUGUCCUUGUGCUGGGCAGCUGCAGACUUUGUAUCCUGCUAAAAUCUCAGAGCUCAGGCUUCAUGUUCAAUUGUAGCAGUGCUUACUGGGUUGAUUUAUUUUUUUUUUUUCCUGCUCUUCACCCUGGUCGGAGAAGAAGCACUGUUUGUGCGGGUAGAAGAAGUCCUGAGCAAUACAAAACAGUUCCUGUGCUUCAAGGCAAGACUUGACUGUGUUUGAAGCCUUAUCUGACAAGUCCUUAUCUGAUGUGCUUGCUGAGAUCUCUAGGUGAUUCCACACUUCCCAAGGGAAUCUGGUGAACAAUCUCCUUGUUUGUCCUCUUACCUUAAUCCUCCCUCUAUUCCUUUUAUUCUUAUCAGUAGUGGACAAGACAAGCACCACGUGCCUCUCUUUCAGUGUUUUCCCAGUUUGACACCUUAUAUCCUUAACUGAUACACUCUUGCUGAGCCCUCUUUACGCCCUCUUCAGUCAAUCCUUCUCUUUGGUGUUGAAUUUAAAAAGAAGACCAGUGUCUGUCUGGUAUGUUGCUGUUGUAAAGGAGUAUGAGAGGAUUGCUUCAGGUGGCUCACAAAUGAUUGCUCUUGGUUGUUUACUCCUGCCUUUCUGAGCAAUCUAUGAUCUGUUGUAGCAGCAGCUCUUGCAAAGUGAGUCACUCCUCUUUUCAUUUUUAUGUGCAAUCAAUUAUGUGUAGAUACAGCUGAGUAUAGUUCUCUGCUUUAAUUCAAAUUGAAUUACAUCCUGUGCAUUUAGAUCCCUUUCAAAGAUGUUGUUUUGAACCUUUCCUGUAGCAGGGAGGUUUGGUAAGUGUACACUGUUCAAAGUGUAGUAUCACAGUGCAGGGCCUUUCAUAUUGGUAUUUAUGUGAUGAAAUGGUUCCACUGUUUGCAGUUACUAGAUUCUGUUUCUAUCCUUUGAAAACGCCUAUGCUGUCAUUGAAAGAAAGGUUUGUUUUUGUUUGGCUUGAUUGUUCUUUGACACAUCCAUACUUUCAGUUUUACCAUUUUAUUUUUUAGGCUGAAACACUUGGCUUAUUUCCCCCUUCCCGCCCCCCAGGUGCAUCUAGGACAAGUGUUUGUGUCUUGCUUCUCUCACCACCUGUUUGUAUAAGGUUGUGUGUUUAUCUUACACUUGAAGAGCGUGUUUUGAGUUCUCACUGAAUUGCUGCAGCUUGCUUUCUCUGUUGGCUGCCUGCUUUGUUACUCCAGGAGAGGUGAGGAUGAUCAUCCUGAAACCCAUCUGAUUUGGGACAAGCAUUGUAUGUUUUGCACCAUUUGAAGUGUGGUUGUACAAGUUGUCAGAGCCUGUCUAGCACCUCUUGCUGCUAAGAGGAUGUCCUUGUUCUUGCUUCCAGUUGUGUGUCCUUGUGCCAAGCUGUGGUGUUUCUCAGCCUCGUGGUGAGCCAAUUUGGCUUGUUAAUCCAGCUGAAAAUUUUGUCUGCUCCCACAUGGCUGGUUUUAUUGUUAAGUCAGCAAAUGAUUUUAAUUUAUGGUGGCAGAGGGACAAGUGCAAGACUACACAGUCAAUCCCAUUCUGUGACAGCAAGCGAUUUACUGCUUCAGAGAUAUAAUUUGACCCUUGGCACCUUCGGAAGUCUCAUAUUCCAUGUUCCUGUGUUAAUUGGAGUAGAUGCUGGGUAUUUGGGUAGUGUAAAGAACAGUGAGUAUGCUAGAGGAAAGAAUGCAGUGGUGAUGACUCUGAUGUUCACGUAGUCACUUUUCAGGUGAGUGGUCAUCCUUUCUUUCUGACAGUUCUGGGAAUCUUUUUCUUUUAUUUUUCUUUCCCAUCCUUCUCUUUUAGCUCUUGCAGGUUUAUCUUUGGAGAGAUGUUCCUGAUGUUCACUCCUUUUGAUUUGUCAAAUCCUGCUUGCUUGAACAUACUUUUUGUCUGUUCUCCUACUUGAGGGGAUGUGCUGAAAACAUUUUUCUUCCACAGAAAUUGAAGAGUUUGCAUGCUAUUUCAUUUUCGUACCAUUAAAGAUUUGUCUGUUUUCACAUAUUGCGGUGUUUGCCUGUAUUCAGUGGUCAGAGGAAUUCUUCACAUUAUAUGUUAUAUGUAUCACAUCAGUUGUUUCAGCUUUCAGUAGAAUUUCACUUUAGGUAGAAUUCACCUUGCUUUUAAGCUUUCUGAAUGUUUGAUUGGUUAAAGCUGUAAAGGUUAUUAGUAGAUGCUUGCUGUUACACAAGUUUCCCUAUAAUAAGGUUUUUUUUCCUCUUAGAUGAUGACGAAAUAGAUUUUUUUUUUUAGCUUAAAACACACGUUGUACCAUUGUUUGUUUAUCUCAUAAUGUGUAAGAUUCUGCAGAAGACUUCUUUGAUGGAUGGUGGCAGCCUACUGUCUUCAAAGCAGAACUGUUCUCAUUUAUUCAAUGGUGUUGAACAGAGGAUCAGUUCACAUGGAAUGACAUCAGAAGCCUACGUUAUUUGUUUCGCAUGUAAAAGUUACCUUUCAACAUGGCUUGUAAACAGUGCUACCAACAGAUACCAAAUGAGUUGUAUGUUGCUUGUUCUCAUUGGGGUAUUUUGUAUCGAGGGAAAAACGAACUAAACAAAACUGUCAGGGUAUGUGUUGGAAACAUGGAGAGAAACUGAGACUGAACGUUGUCAGAGCUCUUCUUGAGUUAGAGGUGUGUAAUAGCUACUUUGCCUUGGCAAGAUUGUUUUAUGUGAAGGUUGGAAUUCUUUCAACUACUGCACUGUAUUUUGUGUCAGUGAAAUACAGAAUAUUAAGUCAUCAUGCUUUUAAAUAGUUGGACUAUCUGUCCUUCGUUAUUUGAGGAUUUCAGCUGUGAUGUGAAUGAAGUAUGUGAAGUGAUAGUAUCGACUGCAGUCACAAAAGGACACUGGUGGAACUGUACUGUAAUAAAAAUGCUGGGAUGCAUCUCCUGAAACUUCUGUUCAGGAAGAGGCAUACCGUGUGUGUGGUGUGAGGAGGUGGGCGAUCAUCUCCGUCUGGUGGCACAGCUAAAGGAGGAGGUAGGAGGAUCAGGGAACAUGAUGGAGUGAGAUAACAAGUGGAGCUGCUCCCUGCUAUCCCUGCAAGAAAAGCACUGGGGGAUGCUGUGCAAGUAGUGGUGGAUUUCCUACUCUCUUGUCAUCGGACAGGAGGAGGGGACUUCAGAGAAGGGGAGGAGUGGAAACAGGUCCCUGCUUGGGGUGGCAGGGAAACCCUCUCCCUGCCUGCCUUGCCUUCCCAGGUGCCCUUACACAGUAGUGUGAGGCUCUGCAAUGUGAAGGACAGCUCGGUGGGGAUGUUGAAGAAGAUCCAUCCAGAGAGUUGUCUGGGGCUGUCAGCCAGUCAAGACUGCCAGUGCAUGGAAUGAAAGAAGGGUGGUUGUCACACAUGGCUCCCUCUGAAGGGAACGGAGGGCCAAAUAAGCUAACCAGAGCCACAGGGAAAGUCUGCUGUCUCCCUGAGGCCUGGGUCACGGACAUUACUAGGAAGCUCCCUGAUCUGGCAUGGCCCUCUGGUUAUUACCCAUUUCUGGUAGUUGGCAGAAGUGAAGUCAUGGGGAGAAGCCCGAGGGCUCUUAAAAGGGCCUUUAGGGCUGAGACUCUAGUGGAAAAAAGAGUGUUGAUCAUAUUUGGAAGGAAGGAUAGCCUACUCAGGAGGAUUACAAAGAUGUUGCUAGGAUAUGCAGAAAGGAUAUUAGAAAAACAGAGUGAAUCUUAGAAUCAUAGAAUGGCAUGGGUUGAAAAAUACCUUGAAGAUCAUCUAAUUUCAACUCCCUGCUAUGUGCAGGGUCACCGACCACCAGACCAGGCUGCCCAGAGCCACGUCCAACCUGGCCUUGAAUGCCUCUUGGGAUGGGGCAUCCACAACCUCCUUGGGCAACCUGUUUCAGAAGCCCUAUGAAGACUUAUCUGGCUACCGCUGUUAAAGAUAAUUGAGAAUGUUUUUACAAGUACAUUAACAACAAGAGGAGGGCCAAGGAGAAUCUCCAUCAUUUAUUGGAUGUGACAAGGGACAUUACCACUAAGGCUGAGGUUCUCAAUAUCUUCUCAGACCAGUUAUCUUCAGAAUACUCAGCCCCUGCCCUUAGUCUAGAGUUCAGGAUGCUAUAGUCCUGCAGUUGGGCUAAGUGGUCUUCAAAAGUCCCUUCCAUAUGAACUUUUCUGUUCUAAUCCAGUAUGGGAGAGAGAUGAGGUAGCAGAUUCUCAGGAGCGGCUGAAAGUCACUGUGUGCUUACUUGCAGCUCUGAAUCACAGAGUGUGUGUGCUGCUGCAGGAAGAUGUAGUGGAAGAGAGUGAAGAGCUACAGCUACUUCAGAAUACAUUGCUCACUGCCAGCUUCUGUCUCCUGUGGCAGACUUUGUGUUUGUUCUGGCCAGGCAUUCAUUGUUAUGGCCUACCUCUUAUUUAAAUCUCUUUCUUAAGAUAAAAAUAAAUAAAAUUCAAGGAUGUUAAUGCAAGUGCCAGCUCAGUGUCCUGACCUAGAGUGGCAGAAUGCUAAGCUACUUAUACCAGUGGAAGACCCAUCCACUUGCGUAUUAGGUUUAUCAGUAAACUGUCAUUGAUACAUUUAUGACUGUCUGUACUUUCAGAAAGUGUUGUUUGGGUGCUGUAGAAUGGAUCUAUCCAGUAAGCCAUAAAUGAAAAGCAUGUGUGCCUUACCUAUCCAAGUGCCUUCGUCCCGUGAGCUCCUGCCACUUAGUGCCAGUGCAGACAGCUGAGGACUGACUGAUGGAGAUUCAAUAGAAAUGACUAUUUGCUGUUGUUUUGUAACAAAAUCAGCAGUGUCAGUGCAAGAGAGCUGCAGGAAUGUAUAAUUAAGGAUUUGGGGAAUAGGGAAGUGCUGCUCUUCUCAAUACAGCUGUCAUGGUUGGCCAUCACAUUAACUCAGACAUUCUGUAAGUCGUACUGUUUGACAGUCCUCUGUGGCCUGAGUGUGUGUGACUGAGUUGAUUGGAAGAGGGUUUGGCUCUAAGUUUCUGAAAGGCAUCUUGUUACAUCAGUGUAGCUUCUGAGGAGGGCGCAGUAUUGUUCUGCGUUGUAUGCUUAGUCUUUUCUGGAGUUGCUGCUAAUUAUCCUCUGCCCUGCUGUAAUUAAUGGGAAUUUUAAUAGUCUGUUUUGGGUGAAGACCAUAAUUAAGCUGUGCUUCAUUGUUUUCCCUGCACUUUUUUUGUUUCCUUGCUUUGGAUGCAGAAUGCAUAGAGAUGCAGUGCAAGAGAAAUGCUGUACUUGUUUGUGCAGUAAUCCAUCUGCUCUUCCCUCUGUUUUGAUCUCGGUCAUAUUUCAUCUGAUAAUACUGCUGUGUUGUUUAGCCUGUUAAAUAGGAAACCAGAAGGGGAAGUGAUCCUGAUCAGUUUUGUGCUUAAGUGUUUUAUUCAUGUAAUAAGACAGAUAAGAUUACUUAAAAACAGAACAACCUUAAUGCUGUGUUUCUGUUUGAGUUUUAAAAAGCU